CUAGUAGUCUUGAUCGGUAGUUUGAAAAGGGCCGCAGAUCCAGCCAGAGCUGUUUAGCACAGAGUGCUGUAGUUCGGCCAGCCAGAGAUGCUUUAUGAAGAGCAAAAGCAACAACAAUCAAAGAAGCCCUAGCCAGAUGGGAGGAGAAAACAGGUCAGAGGCCAUCUGAAGCCAAAGAGCUAAAGCUUUAUGCCCAAAUUCCCCCCAUAGAGAAGAUGGAUGCAUCUUUGUCAACUCUUUCUAAUUGCGAGAAGCUUUCAUUGUCAACAAACUGCAUCGAAAAAAUUGCCAACCUGAAUGGCUUAAAGAACUUGAGAAUAUUGUCAUUAGGAAGAAACAACAUAAAGAACUUAAAUGGACUGGAAGCAGUGGGAGAUACAUUGGAGGAACUUUGGAUUUCCUACAAUUUUAUAGAGAAGUUAAAAGGGAUACAUGUGAUGAAGAAACUGAAGAUUCUCUACAUGUCUAACAACCUGGUGAAAGACUGGGCUGAAUUCGUGAAGCUGGCGGAACUGCCGUGCCUGGAAGACCUCGUGUUUGUAGGCAACCCCUUAGAAGAGAAGCAUUCAGCAGAGAGCAACUGGAUUGAAGAGGCAACAAAGAGGGUGCCCAGGCUGAAAAAACUGGAUGGUACUCCAGUAAUUAAAGAAGAUGAGGAAGAAGAAAACUAACACCGUAUUUUCCACUUUGCAUUAACUUAUUUAAAUAUCAUAAGAACAUAGAUAAGUUUUAUAAAAU